AUGGACGAGUCAUCGUCCAGUUGGGCCAGGUGGGCCCAAGAGGCGUUCGUCAAGGGAGCUGGCAAGGCACACCGAUACUCCAAGAUUCGUGAGCUGCAGGACGUAGCCGAUGACAGGGGUGAGGUGCCGCUACCUGCUGACGCCCAUGAGUGGCCGUUGCUCGAGCCCUUCUCGAUCCAGCGGAUUCGUGAGGUUUUGCGAGGCUUCAAGUCGACGGCGCUGGGCCUGGUCAAGCUUCACCCGCGCUCGCUCGACGUGUGCUCCGACGUGGCGCUGGAGACGCUCUCGCUGCUGUACGCCACCUGUGAGCGCCUCCUCUGCUGGCCGUGUGGCAGGGUGCAGUGUCGGCUGAUUAGGUCGCCGCCCUUUUUGGCGCACGGGAGUAGCCUCGCGGGCGCUCGCGGCGCGGGCGUGUCUGGAGUUACCGACAGCACCCUCAUGGCCUUACGCACGCUCGUUGGUUCUCUCGUCAGAGCCAAGCGCUCAGGACAGGGCAGCAGCUGGAACCCCUCAGCGCUGCCCAGCCCUCCAUUCCUCUCGCCCCCGCCGCUGCAGCUGGCGCCGCUGUGGCGACCUGCCCUCUGGCCCCCGCUCGUGCUGCCGCCGCCCUCAGGCGCGGUGCUCGACCUGGCUGGUAGCCAGACCAUAAGUCGCAAGGCCGCGAAGUUUUGGGAGCGUUUGGACAUCGCCUUCCACGUCAAUCGCCGCACCAACACUGCGAAGGCGACAUCGUUCUUCUCUAAGCUCCACGUGCAACUUGGCGCUCACGACGUCGGGGCAGACCGCAUGAUGGACAGCACCUGCGACGAGCACCUCAGCACAUCCGAGGAGGACAUCACCUGCCAUGCCGAGGCCGGCACCUUCGACCAGUCGGACGGACCUCCGACAAGGAGUACAGCGCUGACGAGGACAGGGGUCCAGCUGGUUUCGCAGACUGACGUGAGCACCGCGCGCCGCAUCUUGGUGCUCUCUGAGCGCGAGCUCGUGGAGCACGCGACGCUCGGGGAGCUCCGCAAGUUUCGCAAGGACAUCGACCUCAUCAGCCAUGAUCUCGACUACAGGUACCACGAUACCGCCGGCUACGGUUGCCAGAAUGAUUGCAAUAAUCAAGUGGGCAUCGACUUUAUUGGCGGUGACAUCGAUUCCAUCGGCCUCCGUGGCAUCGAUCACAUCAGCCACGAGUGCCAGAAUGGCAUCGCCAAUCUCCAGUACAAGACGGCCAGCUUCAAGUUCGCGGUGGGCAAGUGCCAGUUGUUCUCGGAGUUUGGGUUGGACUUCGCUGCUGCGGGUACCGUCGAGUUGGGCGCCCUGGAGCGCGGAGGGCGCCUCAAGAGCGGCCUGACGCCCGCCGGCAGCCCCACGGACAGCGCGGGCACCAGCGCCUGGAGCGAGGUCAAGGGGAGCAAGGCCUCCAGCAGAAGCCAGCCGAAGAGCGUUCAGGCCGCGGAGCUGCGGGCCAGGGCGCUGCAGAAGCAGGCGGCGCUCCGGGAGGAGCUGCUGCACCUGAGCGCGGCGCGCGUGCUGUCGGCGCGAUUGGGGCCCUGGCCGAGAGGCUCUCCCCCUGCAGAAGCCGAUAGAGCGAAGGUGCUGGAGGCGGCGAUGCAGGAGAAGGCGCUGCAGACCCGCAGCGGUCAGCUGGAGAGCCUGGUCAGGACGCUGGCGGAGGAGGUCGAGAACAUCGCCCCACAGGCGAAGGAAGCGGCCAAGACAGAAAAGGUGGUUCGGAAGCUCCAGGCCAAGCUGGAGGACUCGGAGGCCAGGCGGAAAGCGCUGGAAAGCGAGUCAGGCCCAGUCAAGGCGAGCGAUGCCGCCUCCGCUGGCGGCGGGCGGGGCGCCACCGCGGGCGAGGAGGCCCGCGUCAGAGGCGCCCAGCUACGCGAGAGGGUCGAGGGCCUGAAGCGCGCGGUGCAGGAGGCCCGCGCGCGCCAGCAGGCCGAGCGCGACGCGGCGCAGAGCCAGGCCUGGGACGCGCAGCUGAGCCGGGUCAGGCAGGAAAAGCUGGCGGCCGAGCAGCAGAUCGAGGCCCUCGACAAGGAGCUUGCGCAACUGCACGAGGCUGAGCAGCGCGGCAAGGCGGCGCUCGAGCGUGCCCGCGCGAAGAGCGGCAAGCUCGCCCGAGAGGUGGAGCCAUUACGGAAGGCAGUCGCGAAGCUGAAGCGGGAGCAGGUGCGCGCUCUCGAAGAGGUGCAGAAGGCCCGUCCCGAGUUCUCCGCCGAGGCGCGCAAGUUCGAGGAGGGUUUCGCAAAGAUCACCGCGAGGUCCAAGCUCCUGGAGGAGAAGUACAAGGUCGCGAUGGAGCGUAAGCGUCUCCACAACCUCGUGCUGGACCUGAAGGGCAACAUCCGCGUGUUCGUCCGCGUGCGGCCCAUCAACCCGAAGGAGCAGGCGCACGAGGUCCCUGGCGAGCCUACCUGCGACUUCAAGGACGACAACCAGGCCGGCAUCUUCGACGAGCAGAAGCAGAGUCGCAAGUGGUACGAGUUCGACCAGGUGUUCAGCCCGUCGUCGAUGCAGGCCCAGGUGUUUGAGGAGGCCAAGCCGUUGGCCACCUCCGUGUUGGACGGCUUCAACGUCUGUAUAUUCGCCUACGGCCAGACUGGCUCGGGCAAGACGCACACCAUGGCAGGUCCUAGCAGCGAUCCCGGCCUCAACACGAGGGUGUUGAGGGAGUUGUUCAGAAUUCGCGACGAGAGGAAGGGCGAGUACGACAUCAAGUUCUCCAUGUCCGUCACGGCGCGCUCCCCGACGACCAGCACCCACGAAGCCGAGGCGCACGGUCGCAGGUGGGCGCGAGCGGACCGCUCGGAGAUCUACAACGAGAUCAUCCGCGACCUGCUCGCGCCGUCCGCCAAGAAAUUGGACGUCAAGCUCAACGCAGACGGGUCCUGCAGCGUGCCCGGGCUCAGCGCGCACGACGUCAGCAAGCUGGACGACGUCCUCACGUGCAUCGACUCCGCGCAGAAGAACCGCGCGGUCGCGAGCACGGACAUGAAUAGCGAGUCCAGCCGCUCACACAGCAUCGUCACCGUGCGCACGGAGAACACGUUCAAGGGCGACAAGACCUAUGUGGGCAAGAUCAACUUGAUCGAUCUUGCAGGCUCGGAGAACACUGGCAAGUCGGGCGUGUCAGGCCAGGGCAUGAAGGAGGCCCAGAACAUCAACAAGAGCUUGAGCGCUCUCGGAGAUGUUAUUCAGUCUCUGGUGGCAAGAAAUCCGCAUACGCCGUACAGAAAUUCCAAGCUCACGAUGAUGCUCAAGGACUCCCUGGGCGGCAACUCGAAGACGCUCAUGAUCGUGUGCUGCUCGCCCGCGCAGUACAACGUGAGCGAGACCAUGAGUUCGCUGAACUUCGCCUCGCGCGCCAGGAAUGUGGAGCUCGGCAAGGCUUCGGGAUGGGCUGGGCGUCCUGCGACCCCACUGCUAUCGUUCGCGGGCCUCUACUCCGCCCCUCUGUCUGCCCACUGUCAUCAUGUUUUUUACACGUUCUGUGUCGCGGCUCUCCACUUCCAUUCCGUUCACCGCUUGAUCUCCCUUCCCAUUAUAUCCCCGUUGUCUCACCUUGCCUCGUCCGCGCUUGUCAUGCCAUUCGGAUGCAGCUCAGAAAUUUGAUGAUAUCGUUGAGCGGAUGUCCGCUCGCGCAGUCCCAUCAGUAGCACCAAUAGUUCAGCAUGCUCAGCACAACGGCACAGGAGCCUGAUGCUGGACGAGGCAUGUCCCUUGCAUAUCAAAAGCAGACGUCUGGCCGUCCUGCGACUGAGCAAUAAGCGCGAGUGUGAAGAUGAGGAAGAUCCUGUAGAGCGAGUGGUUCACCCCUAUUGGUUGUCCCGUCGCUUGCCACUGACUUCAAUCCUGCGGCAACCUGCCCUGCUCAUCCACUCUCCUCCUCCCUCGCCCUCUCCUCCUCAUCCCUCCUACAAGGGCGCCCUCCAGGGCGCGAAGUUCGUCGCGCCUUUCGCUUCGCGGUUCGGCUCCGAUUUCUCCU